AUGUGCAGUUACUGUUCCAGUUAUUAUUCCAACAGCACAAAACGUGAACAGUCAAUUGCGGAACAGUUGGGAGUAGAACAGUCAAUUGCAGAACAGUUGGAAGUAGAACAGUCACUUGCAGAACAAUUGAGAGUAGAACAGUCAAUUGCAGAACAGUUGGAAGUAGAACAGUCAAUUGCAGAACAGUUGGAAGUAGAACAGUCAAUUGCAGAACAAUUGAGAGUAGAACAGUCAAUUGCAGAACAAUUGAGAGUAGAACAGUCAAUUGCAGAACAAUUGAGAGUAGAACAGUCAAUUGCAGAACAGUUGGAAGUAGAACAGUCAAUUGCAGAACAAUUGAGAGUAGAACAGUCAAUUGCAGAACAGUUGGAAGUAGAACAGUCACUUGCAGAACAGUAG